AUGGUUGCCCACCCCAAGGACUGUGACAAGUACAUCCAGUGCUACUACGAUGAACUCGAUGACGUAGACCUGGGGGUGGUCAGAACUUGCCCAAUGGGACUUCACUGGCAUUACUUGAAUGAGACCUGUACCAAACCUUCUGAAGCCAACUGUUCUAACGAUCGAUGCAAGGAAGAAUGCUCAGCCUACAAGACUGGGGGCGCCUGCGGAGCCUACUGGGAGUGUGAAGACGGCGUGUCAUCAGCGAAAUGUUGCCAACAGAACUAUACAUUUGUCCCUGAGCACGGGUGUCAGCCAGACGACACUUGCAAAGACUUAUGUGUCACGGAAAAGGGGUGCGGUAAGUGUCAGAAGAAGCCAAACUGGCAGCGUUCUGCCGGAUAUGACGUCAUGAUUCUCGGGGGAAACAUGUGGUUUCCGCGGCCAUGUUCCUAUGAAGACUUCGAUAUCGUCGACUGUGACUGCACGGCCCCGAGGGAUCACGUAUGCCCUGCCGACAGAGUCUUUGAUUUCACUAAUCAAACGACAAGGACCGCAAUUGACAAGGGAGAUGAGGAGGGGAUCCGCGUGUCUGACGUGACCUAUAACCCGGAAGGAAUUGUCCUAGGACAUAAAAGCGCUGUCCAUGUGAAUGUAAACAAAGGACCCAGUAAUAAUCAACCAUUUACACUGGAAUUCAGGUUCCGAGAGCUGGACUCCUUCAGCCCUUACGGUGAAACCUUGUUCAGCUCCGGGGUCAACUGUGGCACUGCCAACUCCCUUCUAGUGUCCGCCAACGAUGAGUUUAUCUUUGCCGAAGUCAAAGCAGGUGAACGUGUGUCAGAGGUCAAGGUUCCGUUGAAGGGACUUAACAAAGAAGAAUUCAAGGAUCUAGUUCUGUCCUACCACGAAGGAGUUCUAGCCCUUUCUAUCAAAGAUGAACAAACACAGUACAUUGUCAAGACAGAAGCUCCGGACAAUCUGUGCCUCUCUUGUGGCAUUGACAUUGGCCAGGGGCUCAACAAACUAAGUUUCGAUGGAGAGAUAGAAAAGAUCGCUGUCUAUUCGUGCCCUUGGAAGCUUUUGUAUUAG